AUGUCUUCUUCAACUUCCUCCUACGAUCUCACCUCAAACCCUCCUUUCAUACCAAAAAACAGAAUACCAGUUCGUUCCUCCUCAACUUCAUCGACAACCUCCUCGUCAUCACCCUCAUCUCACAACUUCCAGUUCACACCUAAACCACUCGUCCUCAUGCGUUCCUUCUCUGCAUCCUCCACAUCCUCGACGCAAUCCCGAACUUCUCAGCCCUCAUCACCAUUCCUCGAACCGCCUUCACGAUAUGAAUCGAGACAUCCGAGUGAACUCAUCUAUAGACGAAUGCCGGAUAGUCCUAAACCUCAUUACUUCUAUGAGAGACCGGGGUUUUUCAUCCCGAAGAGAUCGGCGCCUAAAGCGCCGGGUGAGCCAAGGUCAAAGGUGGUUUUUAUCGGAGGGAUGGAUGGGGAUGAAGAGGAUGACGAUGAAUGA